GCGGUCGGCUGCAAAUUUACCCUUUCUCUCCACUCCGCAGAUCCAGAGCUAUCUCUCUCUCUCUCUCUCUGUGUUAUGAUCCUAUAUUUCGAUCACAAUUAAUGAUGUAAUAGCAGACUAAAUAUGAGUAUUAGGGAGUGAUUAGUUAUUUCCAGCUGGUAAUUUGUUUUAAUGGAAACUUAUAUAUAAGCUCAUGCUUUGGAUGUAAAAGUUGGAUCAGGAUUUACACAAAAGAAAUAUAAACAAAAACAAUCCAAGAGCUCUGCUCUCUCUCUUCCUUCCCUCUCCAUCUCUAUCCUCUGUGUUACUUGCAGGUUGAUUAAGGGCCUAGAGAUUUGGAUCUUAUCAAUGGUAUCAUCCCUCUCGAAUCCUGGUUUCCCUCCUGUGCACGCCCACCCCACCCAUCUUCCUGCCAUGGAUGCACGUCUCUUCGCUGCAAUCGACUCAUUUGAAGCUUCGAUGUGUGUUGUGCUCCGUGAUGCAAUCUGCGAAGCCAUGGAUUCUGCAGUCACUGCCAUUCACAAGGCUAUGAAUCUUGUACUUGCAGAAAUCCGCAGUGACCUUACUCAGUUACGCCAUAACUCGACUCUCGGCGUCAAGGGAGAUUCUGAUCCAGCCUCGAUGUGUUCCAAGGAAGCUGAAUCGAUCGAGGUCGGUCACCAAAAACCUCACAACGAAGACGGCAACCCAUUGUGAAUUUCGUCGACAAUCCACGACCAUUUUAUUCUGCCAUUGCUCUCAUCUUCAUCGAUGUUGCGAGCACUGGCAAAUCGGUCGUCAAGCCACACUCGAACAACUUCGUUGCAUCUAUAGUCUUGCUUCCGGAAUCAAAGACGAUGAUCUCUGCUCCGCAGCUACUCCAUAAGCACUCAUUGUCCGAUACUACGAAAAUUGGACCUGAGGUAGUUCUCAAUUUGAGUAUCAUUUCAGCAACUCCGGAGGCUAAAUUCUCUUCUCUUUUGACUGAUAACUAUGGUGCAUACCUGAAAGAUAAAUUUGGAUGGGUUAAUUGGUAUCUUGUGGGUAAAUUUGUGAAGAAAAAUUUAUAUGCAUUGCAUUUGUUUGAUGAUAUGUCUAAGAGGCAUAAUAGGGAGAAUAUGUCAUUGAGUAGCAACUUGGAAGCUUUGGAUAUUGUUGUGCUUGUUUGUCGUUAUUUACCUAAAGAUCUUGUAGCUAGUUUCACUGAGGAGAAUGGGACUUUGGGUCAUAUCAAUGCUAUCAAGCAGUUCCUCUACUUAUCACUGUUACACAUAUAUGCGUUCACAGUCAUGGCCAUUUCCCAACUUGACUAUUCUAUUUUCACCAGCUUGUUAUCGAAAUUGAAUCAGGAUUUGUGUAAUAGGGUUGAUGUACACCUCGAUGCUGUUUUCUUUCCUACUUGCAUAGUGAAUGACCAGAUUUUCCAGCAACCGGCUUGGUGUCACACUCUAACUGAUCCUUGUGACAAUAUAUCUUAUCAAAGGGUUGUCUUCAAUCAGAGGAACAAGUUCAAUCAGAGGAAUUAUACAAUAUGGUUGAUGAAGAGGCCCUGCAUUCUCCUAUCGUUCAAGGUAAUAGAAGAAAAUGGGAAGAGAAAAGGUUUCGGGUUUGUUUAGUUUGACAAAGAGGACUCAGCUAUGGCUGCUGCUAGUGCUCUCAAUGAUACAAUCAGUAAAGGGAAGAACCUAUAUGUAUCGAUACUUGUUCAGAAAAGUAAGAAUGAUAAUAGGCUCCAGAUCUUUUCCAACACUCUGAACCCUACGUUGUCUCAGGAAGUGGUCUGCUACAAGGGUCUGGAACUUGCUACAAAUAUUACAGAAGCAUGUAACAAUCAUGUUUUUGGUCAAAUUGUGCUUUUGCUGGUGCAAAUUGUUACAACCAUGAUCAAGCUCUUGGAAGAAUACGCUAACUUGAAGGGGCUUCAAGAUGGACAUUUUAGACAAGAAGAGGAAGUGUUUGCAAUACUCGGCCAUAAACACAGAAAUGAUCCUCUCAAAAUCAAGGAAAUCAUUUCCAUGGUUGCCAACAGUCUAACAAGUCUCCUGAAUUUAGAGAUUGAGUUCAAGCUUCUUUUGGAGGAGGAUGGAACAACUACUGCUUCAGUCUUAUUCUUCUUGGUUUAUGGAAUGCAUUUCAAGGAGUAAUGGAAAUAUCAAACAACACCAUAUGUGACUGUACCUAAGCAAUAUUGCGUAAGUCAUCAUGUUUUCUCUUAUAUGAUUGGUAAAAGAUGGAUUUUGGUAGAGCUAGAGUUGCAUCAUAAGAAAACCGACAGACGUAUUCAGAUGCUCACUUUUGGUAGUGAAGAGGUACUAGUAUUCAGGCCAAAUCUAAGAGUUGAUGGUGCUAGUGUUUAUGCAUGGUUGUACGAUUAUGGACAUAUCUGCAAAGUCUGUCGUAAGCUGAAAGUAAUUUUGUUAGACAAUAUGACACACAUCAAUGUAUUGGUUGCUGCUAGUGUUAUUUCAUUUGGUUGAUGCUAGUGUUAUUUCAUUUGGUUGCUGCUGGUGUUAUUUCUUUGGCUGUUCUUCAAGAAGGAAGUCCAUCAUAUUUGUCUUUGCAUAUUUGUCUUACCAUGAGUGUAAGUUGGAAAAAUGAGCUGUUUAAAUUUUUGGAACUUGAUACUACGCAGCCACCUUAUGUAUUCAAAUGCCAACUAUAUACCUUAACAGAGGUGAUGAAGGACAUGAUUGAAGCUUUGGGUUUGCUCAGGUCCUCUAAAUCUUCCAUGCAUAAUAUCAGUGUUGUUUAUGACGGUUUAAAGUUCAAUGAUUUCAAUGAUUCAAAAUGAAUUGCAGUUUUCAAUAUCCAAUAUAAGCUGAUCACAUCCAUCAGCUUAUUUCAGAAAAUGGAGUUUUAUGACAAUCAGACAUUAGGUGGUCCCAGUAUCACUGAAAAAAGCUAUGAGAUGUGCUUCCACGAUGGGAAGAUGACUGAGAAAGACAUCACUUCCAUGGGUGGCUUCCCUCACUGUGGUGUGGUGAAUGAUGGUUACAUUCGGAGCAAUGAAUGGUAUGUUGGACCUAAGAAGAAGAUGGUUAAUCUUCGGUAGUCUCUUCUCAAUCAGACCGCUCGUCUUGCUCUUGAGGAUAUCAAGCUCAGAACCAUCUCUAAGGCUAUAAUUCUUGGCAAUGGUCCAAUUGCUAUAGUAGCUGCAUUGGUUGAGAAUCUUCUGGCAGGUUCCCUGGGAGUUGGCCCAUUUUCUCCAUUUGAUGCUGCUGCAUGCUUUUUGGCAACUAGCAUGGAAAUUGAAAUGAUAUCGUGGGUUGAAAUUUAUGAAGAGGCUACAGGUAACAAGUGCUCACUUACCAAGUUGUGGGGAGCUGCCAUAACCAGUUCAGGGGUGCUAUCAGGCUUAUCUUCUCAAGUUAUGAGCUAUCUGCAGAUUGUAUUUGCAGUCCCUGCAGCUUCCCUUCUGUUGCAAGACUCCUUAGUUUCUGCUCGUUCAAAUAAGUUUUUCAAUUUUCAACCUUGAGGACAAGGUUGUUCUUCAAGGGGGAAGUAUUGUUAUGAUCCUAUAUUUCGAUCACAAUUAGUGAUGUACUAGCAGACUAAAUAUGAGUAUUAGGGAGUGAUUAGGUAUUGCUAGUUGGCAAUCUGUUUUAGUGGAAACUUAUAUACAAGCUCAUGCUUUGGAUGUACAAGUUAGAUCAGAAUUUACACAAAAGAAAUAUAAACAAAAACAAUGCAAGAGCUC